GCUCUAGCUCCAUAUGGCUCCUGCUGAGAGCAGCACAGGGUGUCCUCGCCGUCUCACUGCCUCCUUCCUCUUCCGGCCUUCCCAAGCUCGGGCCUCUGCAAGCACCGAGCCCCUGCAGGAUGGAUGGGCACCGGGCCCCUCGCCUGGCAUUGCCCUGCACCGGAGCUGGUGCCGUGCUGGGACGGGGGUGUUGGGGAGCCAGCGGUGGCGGCUGGGAGGUCACAGGCAGCGCAGCAUGGCCAUGGCAGGUCCUGCCCCAGCCCCUCUACCCUGCCCUGCCCCAGAGGAUGUGUGAGCGCUCGGUCGCCCUCAUCACAAGUGCCUGUGGCUACAGAGGGCAGGGUGGCACUCUCCAAAGGGAAUUCUGUGUGGGAAAGCCCAGCUCCUGCCAUGCUGUGGGUGUGCUGAAGGUCAGCCACCCGUGUGACCUGCUGCUGUCUGCUGGCUCCUGCCCAGCUGUGGGACUGGGGAGCUGCGCAGUGGGGCAGGGGGUUGCGGGACCCCCUCGGCCAGCCCUGUGGCCGAGCUGGGCUCUGCUCCUCUCAAGGCCUGGCACCAUAAGCGGUGCUGGGAGCAGGUGAGGUGCCUGCCUGGCUGCAUUCCUUGCGCAUGCACAGUCUCUGUAGACGUGGCUGAGCUGGUGCUCACCGUGCUGGAGGCUGGGGGUCUGUGCAUGGGAAUGUUGGAGCCUUGAGCCACUGGGAGCGAGGUAGUGGCUGUGGAGUGGGUUCCUUGAUGGGCUGUGGGUCAGGGAAGCGGGGUUAAUGGGGUGUUGGGUAGGGCUGCACAAAAGCAGGAGAGUGUCCUGAGCACAGGGUCCGGCAGCCUAGGAGGGCCUGUCCUGGAGCUGCCUGUCCCCAGACCCUCCUCCUGAUGCACCUCAGCUGUCGGUGGGGAAGGAUGGGGCUGACGCAACCCAGGGUGUGCACAUGGUGAAAACAGGAUGUGGUAUGAGGAGACAAGCAGGAUGUUUCUGGGGGCCCCACGGGACCCCACCAAGGGGCACCGUGGGUAGUAGCGGCACCUGCAGCAGCACGCAGAGACCCUGGACUCAUCCCCAUGGCCUGCCUGACCCCAGGGCUGUUGCUGUUGCCCCUCUGGUGUGGUACAGCGUGGGCCGGCAGCAGGGCUGGCUGCUGCUGUAGCUCAGGGGGCCAAAGGACACCCCGAGGCUUCUGAAGCCCACCCUCCCCUUACUCCAUAGCUGGCAUUCUGGGUGCUGUGUCUCCAUCUCGUGCUGCUGAGCAGGAUUUAGCUGAGUCAAGGCAGCCAAAGCUGAUGCAGCCUCUCCAGGGACAGGGACAGGGACAGGGAUGUCCCACUGCAGGCACAGCCCCACAGCACCUGGACUCACCACACAGGGGUCCUGCACGGAGCAGUGGGGUCCCUACAGACCCCCCAUGGCAAGGGGGCAAGUCAGUGGGGAACAACAUCCCGUGGGGACUGGCACGGCUCCUAGUCCUUCUCCUGGUUCCAGUUCUUGUCCCAGCCAGCUGUGGGAGAUGCCAUGGAGCCUGCGGAGUGCCCAGUGACCUGACCCCAGAGGAGUGCCAGGAGCUGGAGAACAUCCGCCGCCGAAAGCAGGAGCUGCUGGCUGACAUACAGCGCCUGAAGGAUGAGAUAGCAGAAGUGACGAAUGAGAUCGAGAACCUGGGCUCCACGGAGGAGAGGAAAAACAUGCAGAGGAACAAGCAGGUGGCCAUGGGCAGGAAGAAGUUCAACAUGGAUCCCAAGAAGGGCAUCCAGUUCCUGAUUGAGAACGACCUGCUGAAGAACACGUGCGAGGACAUUGCUCAGUUCCUGUACAAGGGAGAGGGCCUCAACAAGACAGCCAUCGGCGACUACCUGGGCGAGAGGGAUGAGUUCAACAUCCAAGUCCUGCAUGCCUUUGUGGAGCUGCACGAAUUCACUGACCUCAACCUUGUGCAGGCCUUGCGGCAGUUCCUGUGGAGCUUCCGGCUGCCGGGGGAGGCACAGAAGAUUGACCGGAUGAUGGAGGCCUUUGCCCAGCGGUACUGCCAGUGCAACCCUGGUGUCUUCCAGUCCACAGACACCUGCUACGUGCUGUCCUUUGCCAUCAUCAUGCUGAACACGAGCCUGCACAAUCCCAACGUGAAGGACAAGCCCACGGCAGAGCGAUUCAUCGCCAUGAACCGCGGCAUCAAUGACGGGGGGGACCUGCCUGAGGAGCUGCUCCAGAAUCUGUACGAGAGCAUCAAGAAUGAGCCCUUCAAAAUCCCUGAGGAUGACGGCAAUGACCUCACCCACACCUUCUUCAACCCCGACCGGGAGGGCUGGCUCCUGAAGCUCGGAGGCAGGGUGAAGACGUGGAAGCGGCGCUGGUUCAUCCUGACUGACAACUGCCUUUACUACUUCGAGUACACAACGGAUAAGGAGCCCCGUGGCAUCAUCCCCCUGGAGAACCUGAGCAUCCGUGAGGUGGAGGACUCAAAGAAGCCCAACUGCUUUGAGCUCUACAUCCCUGACAACAAGGACCAGGUGAUCAAGGCCUGCAAGACAGAGGCAGAUGGGCGUGUGGUGGAGGGGAACCACACCGUGUAUCGCAUCUCUGCCCCCACGCCUGAGGAGAAGGAGGAGUGGAUCAAGUGCAUCAAGGCAGCCAUCAGCCGGGACCCCUUCUACGAGAUGCUGGCUGCCAGGAAGAAGAAGGUCUCCUCCACCAAGAGGCACUAGCAGCCAGACUGGCCCUGCGAGGCCAGCCCAAGUGUCCCCCUGUCAUGGGGACAUGGGGUGUCAUGGGGUGGGGGCCACGCUGCACGCUGGCCCUUGAGGCCCAGGGCCCAGCUUCAGCUUAGCCAUUUCUUUACUGUGGGGGGAGGGAAGGGGCACGGGCAUCUCAGUGACUCUGGCCCCCCAUCACUGCCUCAUCACCACACAGCAUCUUCACAGGCUCAAGCUGGAACACAGCAGCCCUGGGAGCCCUGGCCUCAGCACCAUGGGCACCCUCCCUGCCUCUGACCCCCAGGAAGCCUGCAGCCACAUGGCACUGGGUCCCCGGCACCCGUGUUCAGACGCUCUUGGGGUGUUGCGUCAGGAGGGCGGGCAGCUGUUGGUGAGCAGCUGGCGGUUUUGGGGUGCAGGGUGUCAGCCCCAGGGGGGCCCUGCAGAGAUACAGCUCCUGGCCCUCGUUGUAGCGGGCUGGGUCUGUCCUAGGCGUCCCCUUGGACCCUCCCAGCCACCCCCUGCACUGGAAUGGUCCCACAGACGCAGGAGGGACGAAGGGCAGGGACUGUUGAUGAGCAGUGGUGCCACACAGGGCAGAGAUGUGCCCUCACCCGGCUGUGGGAGCUGUGGUUUGGAUGUGGCAGCACUCGGUGGCGUUGCCCCAGCACAUCCUUGUGUCGUGGCCCUCGUGCCGGGGUGGCGUGGUGGAGCCUGCCCUCGGGGUGGCUGCUGCUGGGGAUCUGGCUGGGUGGGGGCUGUGCCCCACCUCUCUGCCUCACAAUCGCCUGUGUCUUGUCCUGUCCCCAUCCCCACGCACGGUCUGGAGGCACCUGGAUCAGUAUUAGUCUAUUUAUCAGAGGUGUAAAUACUCCUGUAUAGUUUUCUCCUUGUAGAUUAUUUUGUAUGUGGGUGGUUCAGUGCAGAGGCCUCACAGGAGUGGGGCGGGUGGGCAGGAUUUUUUAUUCUAACCUUUUUUUUUUUUUUUUUUUUUUUAAUUUGCCAUGGCCUUGUAAACUAGUGCUGAAAAUCAGCAACAAAUAAAUACUUGCACCACGCUUC